GCGGCUCACUCCCGGAAGCGGAGGGUGUACCCGGACAGCCGCUGGGUCUCGGUGCCCGAAGGCAGAGGCGCUCGCGGAGCUCGCUUAUCGGCCCCCGACCGCUAUGUCGGCCUUCGAGACCAACCCCUUCGCGGACCCAAUGGACGUAAACCCCUUCCAGGACCCGUCUGUGACCCAGCUGACCCAUGCCUCACAAGGUGGCCUGGCUGAAUUCAACCCCUUCUCAGAGACAAAUGCAGCAACAACGGUUCCCGUCACCCAGCUCCCCGGGCCCUCGCAGCCAGCAGUUCUCCAACCCUCAGUGGAGCCUGCCCAGCCAACCCCCCAGCUCCUGCUUAGACAGGCCAGCAAGUUCCUGCCUACCAGAUUCCUGGCAGUGAGUGACCUCUCAGAGAGGCAGGUGCUACUAGGAGGAAAUAGUAUUCUCAGAGACAGCUACAUACGAAAACUUCCGAAGGCUGUGGCCUCUGCAGCCCAGGCAAGCCUGCUGCGGCAGCAGGAAGAACUGGACAGGAAGGCAGCCGAGCUGGAACGCAAGGAGCGGGAGCUGCAGAACUCUGUGGCCAACUUACAUGUGAGAGAGAACAAUUGGCCACCCCUGCCCUUGUGGUGCCCUGUCAAGCCCUGCUUCUAUCAGGACUUCUCCACAGAGAUUCCUGCUGACUACCAGCGCAUAUGCAAGAUGCUCUACUACCUCUGGAUGUUGCAUUCAGUGACCCUGUUUCUGAACCUACUUGCCUGCCUGGCCUGGUUCUUAGUUGACAGCAGCAAGGGAGUAGACUUUGGCCUCUCGAUCCUGUGGUUUGUGAUCUUCACCCCCUGUGCCUUCCUUUGUUGGUACCGACCCAUCUAUAAGGCCUUCAGGUCCGACAACUCUUUCAGCUUCUUCGUGUUCUUCUUUGUAUUUUUUUGUCAAAUAGGGAUCUAUGUCAUCCAGUUGAUCGGCAUCCCUAGCCUGGGGGACAGUGGUUGGAUUGCAGCCCUGUCAAUCCUGAAGCACAACUUGGCUGUGUCGAUCAUCAUGAUGGUGGUGGCUGGUUUCUUCACCCUCUGUGCCGUGCUGUCACUCUUCCUCCUGAAGCGGGUGCACUCCCUGUACCGCCGGACGGGGGCCAGCUUCCAGCAGGCCCAAGAGGAAUUUUCCCAGGGCAUCUUCAGCAACAGGACCUUCCGAAGUGCUGCAUCAUCUGCUGCCCAAGGAGCCUUCCAGGGGAAUUAGUCCUCCUGACUCUCCUCCCUCUGCCCCCGCCUUUUCUCUUGCGUGCCUUCUGAGCUGCACUUUCCAUGGGUGCCUUGAGCAGUACUUACGCCCAGCACAGACCCAGGGAGGGUCUUGCCAUGGCUCUUCCUCCUUCCUCAUCAACCAGCUCUCCCUUCCACCGAAGGGGAGGGAGGGAUAGGGACUUUUUUGCACAAGAGAAAAGAAAAAAAAUCAAAGCUGUCUUUUGUCCUCUGAUGGUGGUUUGAUAGGAUUCUUUUGUCUCCCUGGAAGCAGUGGAACUGAAGUUGUCUUUCCCCUUCAUGCACAUACACAUGCACACAUGUACACACAUGGGAUAACUGGCCAACCUGGGCCCACCCCAGCUGGAGUUGUAUUUCUGCCAGGGCCCUGAGCCCUACUCCUCCCCAAGCAGCCCGGCCAGAAUCAACCCACAGAACCAGCCUGUGGCUUCCACAGUUCUGUCUUCCCUUCCUGCUAGCAUGGGAUGACUCCACAAGGGUCUCCCCUUUAUUCUUUAUUAUUUUUUUAAUCCUCACUAGAGGACAUGCUUAUUGGUUUUAGAGAGGGGGGAAGAAACAUUGAUGUGAGAGAGAAACAUCAAUGUGUUGCCUAUCACGUGCACCCUGACCAUGGACUGAACCUGCAACCUAGGCACGUGCCUUGACCGGGAAUCAAAACCAAGAUCUUUGGGUUUACAGGAGGACCACAUUCUAACCAACUGAGCCACACUGGCCAAGGCUCAAGAGUUCCCCUUAAGAUGAGCUGUGGUUUGGGCUGGUGGACAGCUCUGUUCCCUAGAUCACUCUGGACAGGUCUCUGGCCUGCUUUCCUCAGCCUCCCCUAUCUCAUGUUUCCUGCAAAUAGAAUCAUAGGCCUUUCGGCCCCCUUGCGCUUUCCUGUGUUCGCAGCAUCCUUGGCCAUCAGGAGCCCUCCCUGAGCCCUUCCCUGUUUAGACUUACUGAAUGUGCAUUGGGGUUGGUUGGUUUGGGGGAUGGGGAGGGACAGAGGACAACCCCAAGUUGUCCUGCCCAUGCUUUAGCAGUCUUCUGGGAGUGGGGAGUCUGUCCUGGUGUGGGUUGCAUCCGUUUUGAUUUCCUCUUCUAGGGGUCAGCUGUGCUCUGCCUUGGCCUCUGAUUCUGCCCACUCUGCCCCCUACAUCAGCAAUAUCUAGUUUGUGUGACUCUCAGGAAGGGCUGGGCCAAUCAGUCCAGACUCAUCCUUUAGUGUUCUCCUAUACCUUGAGUAGGAGUAGAGUCUAGGUCACCUUCCUCCACUGGUUCUGGGGAUUCCUUAGGACGUGUGUCACUGUGAUGGGCACCUAGGAGUCCACAGUUAACACCUGCACCAUAUAUCCUCCAGAGGCUGUAGGAAUGGGUUCAGGGACUGAGGGGACUUCUCAAAAAGCUGGUCAACCCAGAGGCUGCCAGCCUACUCCACUCCAGAGCCACUGAAUGAUAUUUUAAUGACAGUGACCAAGGUUUUGUAAAUUCCUUUUUAGUAUUUUUUUUCUCCAUGUACAAAUGUAUAUGUUGUAUUUCAAUUUUGUGCUUAAAUAAAAAGACAUUA